UUUUGGAUUUUUCAUCGUUCAUUGUCUUUGAAUCACUGUUUUGAACACUUCGUGCAUUGGCUUCUAUGCCAUUUCGGUUUUCUCUUUUUCCUUUACCUUUUACACGCUUCGUUUUGUUUUUUUUUUUGGGAUCCAGCAUUUGCGCGUCUGUGUAGAUAAAUUGUUUUCGUGACUUCCCUUGUUGUAAAGAAGAAGAAAAAAACAAAGAAAAACACGAAUCUCGAAAGUAUUUCUAAAAAAGUUCGGGUUCAAACGUUGAUUUUUAUUGCAGAGAAUUUACUGAACGUGGUGAAUUAAACUAAACCUCUUAAAAAAAUAUCAGCAUAAAAAAACAUAUUCAUUUUUCCUUCCCUCCCUCCAUCUAUCUCCCAAAACUAUUAUUUAAUUUCGGAUACGUUAUUUAGCGUGAAUUCGAUCUUCCUUAAACUGUUUCUUUCCUGUUCGUCUUGCAUUUGCAUUAGAUUUGCAUUCUAAAAUCGUCGAGUGUUUUCUUGGGUUUUCACUUUUUAUUUCCCUUCCAAGGUCUCCCUUUUUGUAUCUAUUUCCUUCCCACACACAAACACUUUGUGAUUUACUAAAACGUGCAUUAUUUUUCUUUAUUUUUUAUUUUUGAUUCUAUUCGCCAUGCGCUCUAAUUCCAUUUUCUACAAGGAAAUCGACAGUCCAGUUGUCAAGAGAAAUAAUGUUGUAGCACGCCCACCAUCCAACGGAUCUUCUUCCUCCAAUUCAAAUUCGGAUUCUUCUUCUCCAAAAACAAAGAAAAAGGGGUUUUUGCGUUCUUUGUUUUCAAGUAGUUCCAACAACCACCAGCAAAAUGACAAAGGUCUUUGUUCUACCCUUCAUCGGAUAUGGAUUGAGUAUUACGAAGUUUGUCUUCGUAAAGACGAUGUCGACCACUUUAACCCGGGUUACUGGAUUCUCGACACAAACAUCGAUUUCUACUAUGAAAUUCUUGUCCGUCAGGUUCUUUUAAAACAAUCUCCCGAAAAUCGCGGCCAAAUAUAUCUUCUUCGUCCUGCCAUGGUCUUUUUCCUCGCUCAGGCUCCCGAUCCCGCUGAUAUCGUCUCCGCCCUUCCACCCGCCAUGUUCAAUGCCAAAUUCAUCUUUUUACCUAUUAAUGACACAAAUGAAUGCGGCAUUGAAAGUGGCUCCCACUGGAGUUUGUUGGUCAUUUCCGUUGAGAAGGGUCUAGGUUGGUAUUACGAUUCCAUGUCCAAUGGCAAUACAAAUGAUUGUAAUCUCGCCCUCAAAAACCUCGGUAUCCUCUUUAAUAGAGAAUUCCGCAUUCGACAUAUGAAGACCCCUCAACAAAUCAACCAUUGUGAUUGUGGCUUACAUGUAUGUGAAAAUACUCGAAUUCUCAUGUAUCGACUCUUGCAGAAGCCUUACAUCCCCCGUGUGGACAUGAGCAUCGAAAAUACUAGGGUAGACAGUCAUCGUAUUCGGAAGAACAUGAUGCAAAUUAUCACUGGUCUCAUUACAGAGUACGGAUCAAAAAUCCCCAAUUCUCCAGAUUUCGUUCCUGAUCCCGAAAAGGAUAGCAGGAUAUUUUCACGAAUAUUUGAUACUGUGCUUUAUGAUGAUGAUUUCUCUCAAAACUUGCUCUCCCCGCCCUCGACCGAAGUUCCAAACCACAAGCCCAGAAGUGCCAAUGGCGUUCCAGUGAACAAUCACCUCUUUGAUACGACUACUCCGAUGGUUGAAAGAGCGGAAACAUUACCUCAUGCGAAUCAUUCCAUCGAGAUUCACUAAUCUUUUGUCUUGGCUUUUCUUCAUUCACUUCUUCCGUCCUUGCUCGUUAAGACAGAAGGAAUAUCAUAUCUUUUAUGAAGAUUUCCAAAACGCCAUGGCGUCUUUAUUUAAAAUCCUUUUUACGUUCAAUGCUUGAUUUCUUGCUCAUAAUCAAGGGGUAAUAGAAAAAGUGUCUUCUUUUCUUUUUUUUUUUUUUUACUCUGCAAGUAACUGCUUAGUUAUGCGCGUCUGGUCUUUAGACUACAAUUAGCUAUAAAGAGAAAGCAGCUAAUUUUUUGAGAUGAAGAAAAACUUAUGAGUUUCCAUCGCACCUGUUUUUAUCAUCAUGUUCUUAUUUUCUAUUGUUCAGUGAUUUGUUAAUUACGCUGGUCAAUCCAGUCGCUCGUUUAUUUGAAUGUUUGCCGUUUUGCCGUUAUUUAUGAAUGGAAUUGAUAGGACAUCUUAGUUUGUUUACAUCCUGUCUUCCUAUGUUCAUGAAGACAACUUUCCUUUUAAUUUUCAAUUAUAUUUAUUUAUUGUGGACUACAUAUAUAUAUAUAUUUUGUUUUGUAACGACGUAAAA